UGGGACUCGGAACUGCAAGCACAGGUCGGGUCAGCUUCUCCUUUACUUACAACAAGCUACGUUGUAACUGACGACAUACAGCAAGCUCUGCUGUUGAGCUCAUAGAAGGCCGUGAGUAGUAUGUCUUCUUGGUGGUUCAUACAGUCACUUCUACAAUGUAUCGUCAAAAAUCUCUGCGCUGCACAAAACUGUGUAAUAAAAACCACAGGGCUUAGAGGAAACGCGAUGUUAAGGGGCAUAACACUCAGACAUGUUGCCAGUGGCACAAAAAAAGACAGUUGCCUAGCGAACUAUGCCUAGUACACCUAACAAAAUUUUUACUCAUAGCCAAUCCUAUGGGGGCCCUUCUUGCUAAGGUCUAAAGGUAGUACCCUUACUAGAUUUACUGUGUCUCCACUGUCUUCACAGAAACUCCUCAUUCGUUCUUAUUUUGACUAACUCAUAGCAAUACUGUGUAAGGCAGAUGUAGACAUUUUUGUUUUUCUUCUCUUCUUUAGUUUAUACUUUUAAUGGGUGUUACAAUAGGGCAGUGAGUGGAAGAAUUUAUAUAUAAAUCCCAAGAAAUCUAGCAUCACAGGAUAAUUGGCACCUUGAACCACAAUUGGAUAAUAGAGCAAGAAACUAUUAAAGCUAGUCAUAGUUAGAGUAACAGAGGUUUAAUUUCCAUUGGAAACUUCAACUUAUUUCAAAAUAGAGCUAUGCAUGGUUUUGGCCUGGAUUUGGGGCAGACCUAACAAUUUGGAGGAAGAAAUAAGAAGAUACUCAUCAUACUUCCCUUUCACCUCUUCUAGCUAUGUUCCGUGGAACCUGCAUGAGCCAGAAAGAGGCAAAUUUGACUUCUCUGGGAACCUGGACUUGGAGGCCUUCGUCCUGAUGGCUGCGGAGAUCGGGCUGUGGGUGAUUCUGCGUCCAGGCCCCUACAUCUGCAGUGAGAUGGACCUCGGGGGCUUGCCCAGCUGGCUCCUGCAAGACCCCCGGUUACUGUUGAGGACAACCAACAAGGGCUUCACUGAAGCAGUUGAGAAGUAUUUUGACCACCUGAUUCCCAGAGUGAUUCCUCUCCAGUACCGCCAGGGAGGCCCUGUCAUCGCGGUGCAAGUGGAGAAUGAAUAUGGCUCAUUCAAUAAAGAUAAAACCUACAUGCCGUAUCUCCACAAGGCUCUGCUGAGAAGAGGGAUUGUGGAGCUUCUCUUGACCUCCGAUGGUGAGAAAAAUGUGCUGAGCGGCCACACCAAAGGAGUGUUGGCCGCUAUCAACUUGCAAAAAGUUCAGCGGAAUACUUUCAACCAGCUUCAUAAAGUCCAGAGAGAUAAGCCCCUUCUGGUUAUGGAAUACUGGGUUGGCUGGUUCGACAGAUGGGGAGAUAAGCACCAUGUUAAAGAUGCAAAGGAGGUUGAACGUGCUGUGUCUGAAUUCAUCAAAUAUGAGAUCUCCUUCAAUGUGUAUAUGUUCCAUGGUGGAACCAACUUUGGUUUCAUGAAUGGGGCCACAAAUUUCGGGAAGCACACUGGCAUUGUCACCAGCUAUGACUAUGAUGCUGUGCUCACGGAGGCUGGAGAUUACACAGAAAAAUAUUUCAAGCUUCAAAAACUCUUGGAAUCUGUCUCAGCAACUCCCCUGCCCCAAGUACCCAAACUUACUCCCAAGGCUGUGUAUCCCCCCAUGAGACCGUCGUCGUACCUCCCGCUGUGGGAUGCCCUAUCCUACUUAAAUGAGCCAGUCAGGUCCCAUCAGCCCGUCAACAUGGAGAACCUUCCCAUAAACAAUGGGAGUGGCCAGUCCUACGGCUUUAUCCUGUAUGAGAAGUCCAUCUGCUCCGGAGGCCGCCUCUGUGCCCACGCUCAUGACAUGGCACAGGUGUUUCUGGAUGAGACAAUGAUAGGGAUUCUGAAUGAGAAUAAUCAGGACCUGCACAUUCCUGAACUCAGGGACUGCCGAUACCUGAGGAUCCUGGUGGAGAAUCAAGGACGAGUCAAUUUUUCCUGGCAAAUACAGAAUGAGCAGAAAGGAAUAACUGGAUCUGUCAGCAUCAAUAACUCUUCCCUGGAGGGCUUUACCAUCUAUUCCCUGGAGAUGAAAAUGAGCUUCUUUGAGAGGCUCCGCUCUGCCACCUGGAAGCCUGUCCCAGAUAGCCACCAGGGCCCGGCCUUCUACCGUGGGACCUUGAAGGCUGGCCCUUCUCCCAAGGACACCUUCCUGAGCCUGCUGAACUGGAAUUAUGGAUUCGUGUUCAUCAAUGGGCGGAACCUUGGGCGGUAUUGGAACAUUGGGCCUCAGCGAACACUGUACCUUCCUGCAGUCUGGCUUCGUCCGGAAGACAACGAGCCUUUCUUUUCUUCUCAGGUCAUCUUGUUUGAGAAGAUGCUGAGUGGCUCAGACAUCAAAUCCACGGACAAGCCCAUGCUGUAAAACCGUGUCUGAACAUAUUUUUUGGGUUGCUGGAGUUCAUCUGUAAGUCAUUUUUGAGGAAUAAGAUUUAUAUUAAGACUAUCAAACACGGUGUUGCUUACAAUAGCAAAAAUGUGAAAAUAACAACAACAACAACAAAAACCAGCAGAAGAAUUGUUAUGUAUUUUGGAGUCUAUCUAUAUGAUGCCUAUUUUUAGGCUUUAAAAAGGCUUCAGAAUCUUUAACGGCUGAUUUAUCUAGUUAAAUGCUUAAUCCUUAGCAGGCUCUUAUUCUUUAAUUAAACAUGCCUUAAGUAGAUGCGAAUAAAAUGAAAACAAGUUUCACUUCUGCCUUCCAUACUCAAUUGAAGGGAAGGGAAAAGUCUGUAGCCUGGGGAAGAGUAAGGAUACUGAUUUCCUCAUGCCAGAGACAGUAUUGCAUGUACUAAUGGGCAAACUCACGGUCUCCCUCCUCUCUCUCUGUCUGUCUCUCUGCGUGUGUGUGUGUGUGUGCACAUG